AUGUCGAAACAUUCGGAUUGGAACACGCCCGACGUGGAGGCUCGGGCGAUUUCAACCUCCGGUAAAUCGAGACACAAUCGCUUUUCUCUCCGCAAUGCAGCGUGGAUGCUUGCGGGGGCUGGUCUUGCAGCAUCUGGAUUUUAUCACUAUUCAUCUCAACGCAAAACCCCACGGUCGCAUCUGUUUCUUCCAGAGACCGGUGGCAAUUUCGCACCUUGCCGAAACCAUGAAGAUCCUGACCCUUUGAAGACUUUCCAGCAGUGUGCAAUUGACAAUCUUCUAAACACCGGUUUGCCCUUCUUGGAAAAUGCAUCGCCCAUCACCGUUGAUGAUUUUGAGGAACGCCGUCAGCGAUUAGCUCAGGCCUUGGUGGCGGAGGAUGUCGAUGCAUUUGUAGUUGAGCCGGGUUAUACUUUCAAGUAUUAUGGUAAUGUGAGCCAACCUGAGUGGGAAGUAUGGGAGCCCGAAGAACGCCCUUUUCUGAUGGUUGUGCGGCCAUUCCAAGACGAAGCAGGCAGUGUCAAGGCGAACACGACUUUCCUCUGCCCAUCAUUUGAGGCUGAGCGAGCGAGACUCCUUGGAAUGCCUUUUACCGAGGCCAUUCGAAUUGUGCCAUGGGAAGAGCACUGGGAUCCCUAUACCACUCUCCAGGAGUCCGAUGUGUUCUCCGAUCUGACUCGCACCCCUCGGUUGAUGGUCGAUGAAGAAAUGCGCGAUUUCAUCCAACGCGGACUGGCAUCAGUCGGAUUUGAUGUUGUUGGAUUGGGAGGCCACGUUGAAGAGGUUCGCCAGAUCAAGAGCGCAAGCGAGGUUGAGAUCCUUCGUGCCGUCAACACAGGGACCGUUGAAGCGGUACGCCAAAUGAGAAGAUGUCUGUACCCAGGGUUGACUGAGAAUCAAAUCGCUGCAGCCCUAGACGAUGCUCUACGUGCAGCUGGAAUGGAACCAUUCUUCGAUAUCGUACUAUUCGAUGAGAAUGCAUCAAAUCCCCACGGUGGUACCAAUGGUACCAAGGUCCUCCAGGCCGAGACUUUUGUGUUGAUUGAUGUUGGGGCCCAUCUGUACGGUUACUCCUCUGAUAUCUGUCAGAACGAGCAGGCACUGGCUCCACAUAUCGCGGAAAAGCUCAAGGUCUGGGAUAUUGUCUUUGAAGCACAGACACAAUCGAUUCAUCAGUUCCGAGAGAAUUACACUGCCGCGAGCGUGGAUAUCGCUGCGCGCAACGUGAUUGACGAAGCCGGGUAUGAAGGAACCUUUACUCAUCGCCUCGGCCACGGGAUCGGAAUCAAGGCCCAUGAAAGCCCCUAUCUUAACAAGGGAAACCACAAGACACUUCUCAAGACCGGAAUGGCUUUCACUUCCGAGCCCGGUAUCUAUUUGGUUGAUAAGUUUGGUGUCAGACAUGAGGAUAUCCUUCUUGUUCAGGGCGAUAAUGAGCCUGAACUGCUGACAGGAAGCAGAGCCGUUGGACCAUGGGACCCAUGA